CUGUGCUUUUUACAUCCCUGCUUACGUCUAGUUGGCAUAACUGAUUAUUUCCGCAUUCCCAAAUCCUCCUAGAUAGGAUCGCUAUUUAAACGGUCUGAUGCAACGAUUUCCACUUUUUAAAAUCUACUCUCGACCUUCAGCUGACCAGAAGAAAGGACAACUGUUGCACUCGGGAUCAAAGUCAGUUGUGGUCCCAGCUGGGUGUGACAUGAUGCCGGGACCAAUCCCAGAUCCCUUAGUGACAGCUGGAUCCCUGCCCAGCCUGGGUCCUCUGGCAGGGAUCCCCUCCUCCACACUGACAGACCAGCUAAAAUAUGCGGACCUGAGGGAACUUGGGGCCAUGCUUUCUCCACUGCACUUCCUGGGCAAGCUAGGGAAGAGGCCCCUAACCAUAAAAACGGAGAGAGAUGAGGAAGAGGACAGGAGGAAACGAAGGAGAGAGAAAAACAAAGUAGCAGCAGCACGCUGUAGAAACAAAAAGAAGGAGAGAACAGAUUAUCUACAAAGGGAAUCAGAAAGACUAGAGGUGAUGAACUCUGACCUCAAAGCCCAGAUCGAGGAGCUGAAACAUGAGAGGCAACAGCUGAUCAUUAUGUUGAAUGGUCACCGCCCAACAUGCAUCGUCAGAACAGACAGUGUCAAAACCCCUGAGUGUGAAGCAAACCCCCUUCUAGAGCACCUGGAUGACAAGUGAUGUCACAGGGCUCAGAAAAACAUGUUGUCACAGUUUCAGUUGAAACUACACUCCGACCAGCUAUCAGCACUUCAGUAUCUUGGCAUAGAGGAAAACUGCAAAGCAUUCCUGCCUGGAGCCAGAGAGCAUUUAAACACAAAGGUGACCCAAUGUGAUUGGACUUUGUACUGGCAGUUGAAAACAUUUAUGGUUUUUUUUGUUGAUGUUUUUGCCAUUUGGGGCCCCAUAGCCUCAUCCACUAUCAAUAUAAGUACAUGGAAUAAAUGGCUAAAUGCAGCUUGGUGAGAAAUACUCCACAACUUGUAGGCAAUGAGGGAGAUCUCUCAGGCUCAGAGGCACAGAGAACUUGUGCUGUGUUUUUACUUAUGUGUACUGGUUAAGAUUAACUAGUAUGGUUUUUGAAUAUCAUUUUUUUUCUAGGUAUUAUGCCCCCAAUGGCUGACAGGUCGAACUGUUUUCUUUUAUUCUUUUUUGGCGCAGGCGUCAUAUAUGCACAUAGCCUAUAUAUGAACUGUUUACAUUGUAGUUCAUCUGAUAUUGUUACUUCCAAAUAUGGUUCUGAUUUUUAUUGCUAAUGUACAUUAUAUUAUAUAGACAUAUAUAAGAUCACAAGAGGUGAUAUAUUUUAUAUUUCUGCAAAUAAAUACAUUUGUUACUUUUC